AUGACUUUUGUUGAUAUCACUGGGUAUUUGAAUGAUGGCACCUGCAUUGUUCUUAAAAGAAAUACAAGAAAUGGAUAUAUCACAUUGAAACCAUUUUUACCCAUAUUGGAUCAAUUGAAUGAUUAUAAUAAUAUUAACCCUAAUUUGUCAAAAACAGAAUCUAAUCCAUUUACAAUUGAUGCAAUAAAAUUACAUAAAUACUAUAGUAAUGAUGUAACAAAUAAGGACAUGACUUUAAUAGAUACAAAUAAAGAAAAUUUACUCCUGACCAAAUUUGGUGUCUUGGUUGACACAGAUGCUAAUGGUGAUAAAUGGAUUACCGGUGAAAAAGCUAUUCAAAUUUUAAAAAAAGCUAAUCUUUAUGAUAUAUUCAAAGAUAAAUUAACUAGUGAUACAAAUAGAACUAAAACAAUAACGAAUAUACAUAAGAAUAGUAGUACUGAGGACAACCAUAAUACCACCACAACUAUGACCAGCUCCACAACUUCUAAAAGAAAUACAGACUCUUUUUCGCAAAGUACUGAUCCACAAAGACAAUUAGGAUCCCCAUUGAAAAAAGUGAAAUUAGAUAAGAGUCUUAAAUUAGACCAUUCUUUAAGUGAAGGUUUUAGUUCUUUUCCUUUGUAUAAACAUGAUUUACAUCUAAACUUCGUAAAUGUACCAUUAACUAUCCAAAAGACAAUCCCAACUGCAUCUGCUAUAGACAAAGAUGAGAGACUAAAAUUGGAGACAUUCUUACAAAAAUUGUUAUUCCCAUCAACUGGUGAAAAUAAUAAUUACUCAACAAAUGAACAAUCCUAUAAUUUGGUCGAAAAAGCUCUGCUACAAGAAUUAGAUGCUAUGUUUCCUCAUGUAUUAUUAAAUCUAAAUAUCCCAGUAGAUGAACAUGGUAACACACCAUUACAUUGGCUCACUUCCAUAGCCAACCUUAACUUAGUGAAAUCACUAGUUAAAUUAGGAUCAAAUAGAUUAUUAGGGGACAAUGAUGGUGAAUCACCUCUUGUCAAAGCAGUGAAAUCAGCAAACAAUUACGAUUCUGGAACUUUUGAAGAACUAUUAGACUAUUUAUAUCCAUGUCUGAUUCUCGAAGAUAAUAUGAACAGAACUGUUUUACAUCAUAUUGUUAUCACAUCAGGUGUCGCUGGUUGUUCUUCAGUCGCAAAAUAUUAUCUUGAUGUGUUAAUGGGUUGGAUUGUGAAAAAGGAAGAUAGAAUAUCAAAUCUACAUGAUGUAGAUCCAAUUUUGAAAAAUUUAACUUUAAAUUGGGUCUUAGUAAACAUGUUAAACUUACAGGAUUCAAAUGGUGACACAUGUUUAAAUAUUGCAGCAAGGUUAGGUAAUGUAGGAAUUGUAGACGCACUAUUAGAGUACGGAGCAGACCCAUAUAUUGCAAAUAAAUCCGGUUUAAGACCGGUUGAUUUUGGUGUUAGGGCGUUAAAAGAUUCUAAUAUUACAGAAAAUAAUAAUAAUAGCAAUCAUACUAAUAGUAUUCAUGCCACACCGAUAGCUGCUAGUGGUAAUUAUACCGAGGACAAGGGCUUGACACCUCCUGCAAAUGAUACUAGUAAAAAUAGUAAAGACGAUGUGGAUAAUAACGUGAAUCAUGUUAAGAAUAACUCCACCACCAAUUUCAAACUAGACUCAAUGAAAGAACCAGAUACCAUGAGUCUAAUUAACGACUUAAAAGUGUUACUGUCAGAUGUAACAAAAGAUUAUGAAGAUGAACUUUCUGAACAUAAGAAAAAACUGUCUAAAUUGCAUGAGGAAUUAAAUUCACAAAGAAAACAACUUGCUCUAACCAGAGAACGGUUACAAAAUGCGAAACAGUUAAAUGACGAAUACAUUCUUUUAAAAGAACAAUUAAUAAAUUUGCAAAAAGGUAUCAAAAAAGAAGAAACUAAUUUCAUAGAAGAAUCGAAAAGAUUAGGUAUUUCAACAGAAGAAACUGCUGGUAUUGAUUGGGAUUCUGGAGAUUUUGAUGUGGAUGAACCAUUUAGAAUUAAUUUGAUUCAUGAUUUCUUAGAGACUAAGCUAACUAAUGAGUAUCAUGGAGACAUUGAAAAGUUAUUGAAUGAGGAGUCUGUAGAAAAUGUUAUGAAACAAAUACGAUCCAAAUAUGAUGUCAACAAAAUAAAGGAUGAAUUACCUUCCUCCACAUUACUGAAGACACGAAUAAAUGCUUAUAAGAAGAAUGACGAAUAUUUACAAACUAUAUUAAAUGAUAUUCAUGAAAACCAAUCGGACUUAGAAGGCAAAUUUAGAAGAGUAUUAGCUCUAUGCUUAAAAGUGGAUGAAUCUAAGGUUGACAGCAUGCUAGAUGGUCUUUUGCAAGCUAUAUCAUCAAAAGAUCCUCAAGACAUGGAUACUAAUGAAAUGCAAGAAUUCUUAAACAAACAUGCAAUUGUCUAG